AUUUAAAAGGCACCCCAGUGGAAGAAUAUCCAGCCUGCUCUUCUCUUGUCUUCUAUAUCAUUCACCUCUCAUCUCUUUCUCUCACUUCUUCUUUCUUUCUUAUCACUUUUGUCUUUUAAUGAUCUUAAUACCAUUCCUAUUUUGCUACUCCUUUACUUAAAUUAGAAGCUCAAACCUCUUUGCACUUACAUUUAUAUUAAUAUUAAUACUAGCUACUAAUUAAUUACUCUUCCUUUUCCCUUAUUCCUUGAUCUAGCUACCUGCAUUUCUCCUUCAACCAUGACUUGUUCUAAAGAACAAAAGGUUACAACAAUGAUACUAACGGUUGAUCUUGACUGUGAACAAUGCUAUAGAAAGGUUAAGAGACUUUGUUGCAAAUUCCCUCAAAUACGGAACCAAAUGUUUGAUGAAAAAGCUAACCGGGUGAUCAUCACCGUCGUCUGCUGUACUCCUGAGAAAAUCAGAGACAAACUCUGCUGCAAAGGUGGCAAAACCAUCAAAAACAUUGAAAUUCUCAAGCCCAAACCUCCACAACCCGCCCCAGCUCCUCAACCCGAAAAGCCCAAUCCUCCUGCUGCUGCUCCUGCUCCUGCUCCACAGCCCGAUAAGCCCAAGCCUCCAGCUGUUACUCCUACUCCACAAACAGCCCCUGCCCCUCAACAAGAUAAGCCCAAGCCCGCCCCUGCUCCUGAACAAAAGCUACCCGAAAAACAAAAAAACGGGUCUAAGAACGGAUCCAAAAAACAAGACCCACCUCCUGAGGCAGCUUCAAAGCCGGCUCCAGCUCCGGCACCGGCUCCAGCUCCAGCUCCGGCUCCAACUCCAGCUGCAGCACAGAAACUAAUGGUGGAGCCAGAGGCUCAAUGGGUACCCGGGUACCCGCCCCCACCUCCACAAAUAGUCCCAGUAAACAUAUGUUGUGUUCCUUGCUAUGAAGGAAGACCCGGAUGUGGUGGAGCAUGUUACGGGCCUGGACCCAUGUACCCGUCGGGGUACGGGCGGCCUGCAUACCAACCCGGAUACUGUGUGACCCGCUAUGAUUAUAAUUAUCUGAGUGAAGAAAAUCCUUCAGCAUGUUCUAUCAUGUGAUGGAGCAGUCAUUGUGGCUACCUAAAUUCCCUCAUCUCGUUUAAUAAUUUUUUUUUUUCAAAUUUUUGUUAUUUUGAAAUAUGUGAAUUGCACAUGAAGGUACCAUUGACUAAAGUCUAUACAGGCUAUUUUUAUGUUGUUGAUAUUAGAGAAUACGAUACCAAUUAUGAAGAUGCAAUGCAAUCAAGCAAUAUUAAUAAUACUUCAAUAAUACUAUUAAUUAUAAUAAUGUGUUUUUUU